GCCCAAACUUUCAAGAAAAAAAAAGCAAAAAGAUGAAUAUUAAAAAAAGAAUAGCUAUAAAAUUUCUUCUUGUUGUUUUACUGUGCAUGGAAUGUUGUGAUUUCCGGUUUGUUUCAGGCGAAGUAAGGUGCGUGGAGAGGGAGAGAGAAGCUCUGGUGAGGUUCAAGAAAGGUGUUAUAGAUGAGAGAGGUAUUCUCUCAUCGUGGGGAAGUGAAGACAGCAGGAAGGAUUGCUGCAAAUGGAAGGGUGUUGUAUGUACCAACACCAACACCAACACCACCUCUGCUCAUGUGAUCGCUCUACUACUUGGUUAUGACUACAAAUAUUAUCGUUACACCAAACCUUUGAGAGGUAAAAUUAGUGAUGCCUUGCUGGAAUUGCGUCAUUUAACUAAGUUGGAUUUGAGCAUGAAUGAUUUUGAUGAUCAGUACCCACAAUUUAUGGGUUCCAUGAAACAGUUAGAGCACUUGAAUCUUCGUGGAUGCAACCUUCAUGGGACUCUUCUUCCUCAACUAGGAAACCUGACCAACCUGAGGACACUUUAUCUCUGGGGUGAUUAUAAUUUAAGGUCUGAGAAUCUUGAUUGGCUUUCUCAUCUCUCUUUUCUGCAUCGACUCGAUCGAGCUUCAUUGACUUAAGUCAUACGAGUUGGCUACAACAAAUACUAAAGCUUCGUUCAUUGCAAGAAUUGCACUUAGCUUUCUCCAACAUUGGAGCUGCUAUACCAGCUAGACCACCCUCUGCUAAUUCUUCAUUUGCAUCUCUUUCCAUCCUUGAUUUGUCAUUUAACGAGUUCGUGUCUUUCAACCUUGACUGUUUAUUUAACACAAGCACGAGCCUUUCUAAAUUAUACACUCUAGAGAAUAAAUUAGAUGGCCAAAUCCCUCAUGUGUUUGGGAGACCUUGAGGAUCUUGAUCUUUCUAGCAACAUGCUUGAAGGUGGCAUAUCUGAAUCAUUGAGGAAUUUGAGUCAUUUGCAAGCCUUAGACUUGUCCAGUAAUAACUUUAGUGGAGAUCUUGAGGACUUUUUAUUUGGGAAUCUAUCUACUAAAGCAAACAUGUCAAUGGGAAGUUGGAGAUUGAAGAAAUUUUCAGCAUUGAAAAAACUCAAUGUAGGAAGCAACAAGUUUGUAGGAUUAAUGCCUCAAAGUCUUAGCCAGCAUUCAGUUCUUGAAGAAGUUGAUGUAUCUUUUAACUCAUUGCAAGGUAUCAUCUCUGAGGCCUACUUCACGAUACUUCACAACUUAAAGGUGCUUGCCUUGUCCUUCAAUUCGCUGAGUUUGCAAAUCGUCCAGGACUGGAGUCCGCCUUUUCAGUUGGAUGUUAUCAGGUUAGCAGGAUGCAACAUGAACCCUCAUUUCCCCCAAUGGGUUCAAACUCAGAGGAACGUUCGUUUCCUUGAUCUUUCUUAUGCCCAUAUAUCAGAUGAAGUACCUAGAUGGCUGUGGAGUUUGUCUGCACUUUUGAGUUUAAAUAUAUCUCAUAAUCAUAUUAGUGGGACUAUCCCUCAUCUCCUGCCCACUUCCAUCGAAUAUUUAGAUGUCAGCUCUAACAACCUUUCUUGGCCUCUACCAUUGCUUCAACAAGACAUGUUGACUGUUCAGUUGAGUCAAAACAUGUUUUCAGGAUCAGUUUCAUCUAUAUGCUCAACAUUGCUUGUGGAAAUGAGGAUCCUUGACCUCUCCAACAACCAAUUGGAUGGAGAGAUACCAAAUUGUUGGGAGAAAAUAAGUAACUUGGAAUAUCUUAAUAUAGGUAACAACAGUUUUUCUGGUGAAGUUCCACGUACUUUGGGCAACAUGUCAAUGCUAAACUCUUUGAACUUGCAUGCCAAUAAUCUGUCUGGCGAGUUGCCUUCUACUUUAAGCAAGUGUGGAGAAUUGAUGUUCAUUGAUGUCGGAGGGAACAAGUUAACAGGAAAUAUCCCUGCAUGGAUAGGUGCAUAUAAGAACUUGGUAUAUGUAAUCCUUAGACGCAAUAGAUUUUAUGGCAGCAUCCCGCUAGAAAUCUGCAGUAUUACUCACAUCCAAGUGUUGGACCUCUCCAGAAACAAUAUAUCAGGAGAAAUUCCUCACUGCUUCAACAUAUUUACCUCACUGAGCAAGAAGAAUACAACUGUGCUCGGAGUUGCCAUCACCUUCUACCCUACACUAUACGAGCCUCUGAAAGUGUUCGAGUAUGCAUUUGUUGAGUGGAAAGGUGGGGAAUUUGAAUAUCGGAAGAUUCUUCAACAUCUCAAACUCAUUGAUCUGUCCAACAAUAGAUUAGUAGGGAGUAUUCCUAGAUCAUUUUCCAGUAUGAGGGCAUUAAUUUCCUUGAACCUAUCAAGAAAUAUGUUGACAGGGACCAUAGUUUCAGAUAUUGGUGAAAUGGAGAUGCUAGAAGUGCUUGAUCUGUCUAGGAACCAACUCUCUGGUCACAUUCCCAAUAGCUUAGCAAAACUAAAAUUUAUGGCUGUUCUUGAUCUGGCAAAUAAUAGUUUGUGGGGCAGAAUUCCAGCUAGUACUCAACUACAGAGUUUCAAUGCAUCUGCUUAUGCCGGGAACGAUGGACUUUGUGGACUCCCUCUCAAGUUAUGCCCAGGAGAUCAUCCACUCAUCACUUAUCAAGGAAAAAACAUCUAGAAAGAUGGCAGCAUUGUGAGCCAAGAAUUUGGCAUAUCAAUGGCCUUGGGUUUUAUUAUUGGAUUUUUGGGAGUUGUUGCUGUUGAAGGGAUCAUGGGGAGCCGGAGAAGCAUAUUUUUACUUGUUGUGCAGAUAUUUUGAUUAAAAUAUCUCAAGACUGCCAGCAAAACAAGUAAGAACAUAUCCGAAACUUCUGAGUUAGUUUCAACGUUAGGCUAGCAUGUUGCAGUAUAUUCUCUCUGUUUUUGUUUUUAUGAAUGAACUGGUGAAAUAAAUCCUUAGUGAUACUAGUGUGACUUCACAUAAGAUGAUGAACUUAUUGUAUUAUGUAUUUGUGUUGUUUCUUUCGGUAUGAACUAGUUAAAUAAAUCCUUAGUGAUACUAGGGA